ACCAAAGCCUCAGACAAAGGCUGCACGAAAGUAGUUGCAGUCAUGGAAAGAGAUAUCAACAACGAGUUAACAUCAUUUCUCAGUCAUCCUUUUCUUUUGCUACAAGAAAGACAAACUGGGGAAACUAUAAACAGAAAUCCAGGAAAAGGAAUCCCUUGUUGUAUAUCCAGGAAGAAACGUUUCUGACAACCAAAAACCAAUUCCCAGUCUCCCCAUUUUCUUGCAUAGCGAAAAACAUGUCUCUAAGCCACCGUCCGCGGGUUACGGUCAAUGGGAUCCGAAGGAUGAGAACCUACCAUUACUUCUGGUGUCUCCAUUGCCGACGCACCGCAAGGUUUUCCAAUUCAAACCCAUUUGAAACUUGUUGUCCCCAUUGUUUUCGUAUACUUAAUCACGAGCUAGAUGUGUCAAGGCCUAGGCUUAGAGCUGAUCUGUCUGGCACUGACCCCUACCAAACCACUGCUCGGUUAUUGGAUACCUUGGCUACUGUUCUCGACCCUUCACCUAUGCAGCAAAAUGGAAAUUUUGGUAGAAGAGCUCGUUGGAAUUCAAGGCCUGAAAAUGGACCUUGGAUCACUCUGGAUUUUGUUGAACCUCCUUACCAGCAGCCGAGCCCUAUUAUUGCUCCGUACCUAGAAGAUAUUGUUCCUCAUGGAGUGCAUAAUACAAGCAACAACGCACUGCAGGAUCAAUUCGGCGAUUUCACCGAUGGCUUAACAGAUAAUGACAGGCCAGGUCCUCCAGCAGCAGCUGCUUCAGCUAUUGAAGCAUUACCAACCGUGAAAAUCACUGAAACUCAUCUGAUCAACAGUACUCAUUGCCCCGUUUGCAAGGAUGAGUUCCAGGUUGGUGGAGAAGCAAGAGAGCUACCCUGCAAGCACUUGUAUCACAACGAUUGCAUCGUGCCUUGGUUGAGCAUUCACAACACUUGUCCUGUCUGCCGCUUUGAGAUCAACGAUGAUUCCAACGCUACUGAUGACGAUGAAAUUGGUGAGAUCAACUUUGACAACAUUGGCUUUGGCGUUGAAGAUCUGGCAAAUGGCCUAACCUGGUUGCGGACCCAGUUCCUCUCUUCGAGGCCUCUUCGUGCAUUCUCUCAUUGGACACGCAGACAUCUUGAUUUUCUUGACAGCAGGAUCAAUGCAACUAAUUUCUUUCGUGAGGCUAGCUUCUGGUGGCCCUCUUGGCUCAUUCUUUAGCUUCUGUCUGAACACCAACUGCCUGCAAACUUGGUAUUUUCCAACCCUUUCCAAGGCAGGUAUGUAUGUAUAUAUGUGUGUGUGUGUGUGUGUGUGUGUGUGUGU